UUGCCCCUCCAUACUUUCUCUGUAAACAGCCAAAAACUCCUCUCUUUGAAUUUUGUCCUGAAGACGGUUGAGAAGAAAAGAACAAGAUUCACAAAAGGUUAACAAAAUUUCGUAACGUAAAAAGAGGAGAAAAAAAAAAGAGUUUUUUUUUUCUUUAUCUUUUGAUUGUAAAGCCAAAGGGGUUUUUGAGUGUUAAGCUUAGCUUCCUUGCUGUUCACCGUCAUUGUUGGUUCGGCAAAAGCACAUAAGAAAAAAAAGAAGAAGAAAAGGGGAGUUCUUGGUUAUGCAAGCACCCAAUUAACCCAUCAUUUGUUUGAGUUUAAAAUUGAUUAUUUAGGAUGGUGAAAUUGGGCUGUUUUGGUGGACAGUGCGUAGUUGGAGAGUCUUCUUCUAGCUCUAAAGGAAGAAGCCACGGGGGUAAUAUUAAGUAUGGUUUUAGCCUAGUGAAGGGGAAAGCUGAUCAUGUGAUGGAAGAUUACCAUGUCGCAAAAUUUGUACGUAUUGAAGAACACGAGCUUGGCUUGUUUGCUAUUUAUGAUGGUCAUAUGGGGGAUGAGGUUCCUUCUUAUCUGCAGAAACAUCUGUUUGCCAAUAUCAUAGAGGAGGAGGAGUUUUGGGUAGAUCCACGACGGGCAAUCACAAAAGCCUAUGAAAAAACUGACCAGAAAAUACUUUCAAAUAGUUCUACUUUGGGCCGAGGUGGGUCCACUGCUGUCACUGCUGUACUGAUAAAUGGCCAAAGAUUGUGGGUAGCUAAUGUGGGAGAUUCACGAGCUGUUCUUUCUCGGGGUGGUCAAGCUAUUCAGAUGACAAUAGAUCAUGAGCCAAAUACAGAACGAAGCAGCAUUGAGGACCGAGGAGGUUUUGUCUCAAAUAUGCCAGGGGAUGUUGCAAGGGUGAACGGGCAGCUAGCUGUUUCUCGUGCUUUUGGAGAUAAGAGUCUCAAAUCACAUUUACGAUCAGAUCCCGACAUUCUUGAUAUGCACAUUGAUGUCAAUUGUGAUGUUCUUAUCCUUGCAAGCGAUGGUCUCUGGAAGGUGAUGUCUAAUCAAGAGGCAGUUGAUGUAGCUAGAGGCUUUAAAGAUCCCCAGAAAGCAGCCAAGCAAUUAACAGCUGAAGCGUUGAAGAGAGACAGCAAAGAUGACAUAUCUUGUGUCGUCGUCAAAUUUAGGUGAUAAACUUGUCAUACCAUAUACUUAUACUUUCAGAUAAAUAAGUGUGUGACUAGCAUACAGUAUAAUCUAGAAAUGUACAAGGGUAUCGAAUUUGUGACCGUUUGAGUGAAGCUUGGGAGAAGACUGGUGUAGUUGAAUGACAGAAAAAACCAGAAGACAUAAAGAAAAGGUGUUUGUUAAUCAGGUAAACAUAGUUCAUUUGAACAAUCGGAGUGGUCAUUUACAUCGUCUGAAUGUAUUUGUUCAAGUUAAAAGUAGAUAGUGAAGCUAGCAGGCCAUGUGAAGUUCAAUAUUUUUACUUCAAUAGAGAGGCCUUAUUAGUCUCUGGGUCUUGUACAUCUGGUGUUUGUUUCUUAAGCAACUGAAUAGGUCUAAAUCUCCAUUUACAAAUGGAGUAUGUGUAAGUGGAGCCCCUGUAAAUUUGUUUUGGCAUUUUCAUGGUUGUAACUUGCGAUGAACGCUUGUUGAUACCGAUGAUAUUUGUUUAUUUUUCUA